GCGAGCUCGACAACAACCCGCUCGCGUCCGUCCCACGGGGAACGCAGAGUCAGAGCACGCACCGCUUUGUGCUGUCAGCGAGACGGUUACGGCGAAGCAGCUGGCAGCGACCGCCGCUGUCCGGUAGCUCUGCCAGGGUUCGCCGGCAUUGCGCUCCGCCGCGCGCAACGCGGCUGGCGACCGACCUGCUGCGGGGACAGCAGUCAUUGCUCGUAUGCGUGCAGCCGUGUCAGUGUGAGCAGGUGAUUAGUGGCUAGCGAUGGGCGGCGUGACGUGAUUGCUGGAAUGUCGUCGCCGUGCUACAGAGGCCCGCCCAGACCUGGCAACGCUGCCGCGCCUCAGCCGCCGGUCUCAGCGGCCGCCGCCACUGCCGUGCGUAGCUCGCCCACGGAGCUAAGAGAUGGCACCACCCGUAUCCCGGCCAGGUGCGGGGGCACGUACUCUCUGGCGUGCGCGCGUGUGUCCGUGUCGCCGGUGGGAGGCAGCCACGCGGCGAACGACGCGCCGCCCCGCGGAGGCGCGCCAAACAACGAGGCGGACUGCUGCUGCGGAGUGGCGCAGCUGUUGCACUCCCGGAUCCCCACAGCCACCGACACGGCCGCUAUUAAUAGGCGCGCCGGUAUCUUUAGCCGCAUAAAUAGUAGCGAAGCGGCGCGCGCUCAGCCAGUGUCGGAUCUGCAGCCUCGCGUCUACCGGUCGACGUUCGAAUGGUCGCGCCUCGGUGAGGCGGGCGCCGUCGCUGUCGCCACCGCCCCCGCCCCCGCCGCCCCCAGCGCGCGGCGCGUCGCCGUGCGGACCAAGCCGCAGCUCCCCGCGUCCCUGCGGCCGCCGGCCACCUGCACCUCUGCCCACGCCGCCCUCGACGUGGCCGACGACGAGCAGCCGCGGCCCGGCGCCGCGCGCCGCAACGCGCUGGACCGGCUGCAGCGCUUCCGGCUGGAGCGCUCUGGCCGGAGGAGCCCCGCCCCCUCCACCCCCGCCUCGACCACCACCGCCGCCGGCACUGCGCACGCGCAGAGCCCGAGCGCGGCCCCGCCCCCCGCCCCUCCGCCGCACCGCAAGAAGCCGCGUACCAAGCACGCCAAGGCGGCCACCGCCGCCCCCUCGACACUCACGCAACUGCCCGUCCCUGUUACCGCGGAGGAGAAGCCGGCAGCGUCCUCGCCCGAGGACGAUAUCUUCAACUGUGUAAACUUGCGCUUGCCGAAACCCGAACCCCGCACCAUCGUCGGGUCCUACAUCCAGAGAAGCAUCCCCAUCAGGAGCGCGUCCUUCUCGCAGGUGGACUUCUCGCCGUCGGACGGAAAGUACAUCCGGUGCGCGGCGCGCGCCAGCCCGUACGCGUCACCAGCUGCGGCACCGCCGCCAGCGGCUGUACCACCUCCGACGGCGGCAGGUGGUUCCCUGACGCUGCCGCGCAAGCGAGCGCCAGCUGCCGACCUAGCCGUGCCCUCUACCGAAGAGCAAGUCGCGGGAGGCUCCACUCCCUCCGUAGACUCGGCCGUCGGCUCCGACGAAGGCCUCGUCGCCCCCACCUCGACGAUAUCUUGCGGCAAGUCGCCGGACGGUACCGCCUCGUCCGAGGCCUCGCACAAGCCGUCCGGAGCGCGGUCUCUGACAUACCCACUACCGAGGAGGGGCUCCCGAUCCGACGACGACAUUCCCUUCACGUCCAUCGACGGCAACGGGCUCAAGAGCCUACUCUGCACUCCACUGAGCUCCUGCGCCGUCCGAGAGCUGCCCGAAGUCGCCGAGGAGAGCGAAACGUCACUGACCGACAGCGGCGUGGCGGCCAACGUUAGCGAGUUAGGAGAUAAGCAGCACCCAGAUACGCCGCCCGCGCCCGACACGUCCGCUCCCACAGCUGACGCGGACGCGGCCUGCCACCAAUCGAUCGGAACCGAGCCGCCCGUUACCGACGAACACCGAGAAAUACCCGACGCGUCUGGCGACGUACGCGAGUAUACGGCGCACGUAGUGUCCAAGACCGUCGAGUAUGCCAAAGCGCACGACCAAAACGACGGGGAACUCGAGGAUUACGAGAACUGCGAGUACGCUUUUCAGAAAUGCUACGAGGACGAUUCCGGUGAAAUCUUGGAAUACUUCAAGGAUCCCGACCGAGAGGUUGCCGAAAAGAUGGAAACGAGAAUGCUAUUAGACGACAGCGAAACGGCCGAGCGACCGAGCACUAGAGAAACUGAGGGCGACGCCGCCGAGUCCGAUACGGGACCGGGUCCAGUUUUCGUGGCGCAGUGGCCGAAAGAAAAGGCCGAAUAUCGAGACGUGGGGACCGACAGUCCGACAUCGGCAGUAAGAAUCAGUUUGCAACCUUCUAGUCACAAAAGGGGCCGGUCGGAGGGCGAGAUUACGCUCGGCCGAAGACAGGUCUGCUACACGCCGCCGCCCACGCCCCCGCGCGAGAGGGAAGAGGCGGCGUCCGCACAGCGGUCCAGCGCUGACGUCAGCUCGGACGCGGUGGAAGGGACACGAAGACGACGAAGAGUGGAGGCCGGCGGCGCCGGCGCCGGCGCCGACGCGUCCGCAGCUCACCUGCCAGAGCUCCGAGGAGAGGGAGGAGCCCCGGGGGUGCAAGGCCCACCCCCUAUAUAG